GAUUCCCGGGUCAUCAUCAUCUUUGGCCUCGGCAAACAAGAACGCCCCAAGAAGAAGAACAUCUUCCGACGGCAACGCUCCUGCCGACACUUCAUCCAGUAAGGACGAGACCCGAAAAACCUUGGAGACGUUUUUCGACGAGUUCCCGCAGAUCCGGUCGCCGGAGCACCCGCUGUUCUCCAUUGUGGAUUCCGUAUUCGAGUACUACGAGGAAGAAACCGUGUCGGCGAACCGGGUGCAGGAGUGGGAAAAUUCCCUCAUCAAUUACUGCAACAAAAUUUUGGCCGCAC